AUGAGACAUCCACCGAUUUCGAAGUUCUUCUCUAGAUCUAAGACCUCCCUGGCACCUGUGUUUCGUGAAGCUCCCAAACCCAAACCUCCUCCAGAAGAUCCUAUAAUAAUCGAUGAAGAGCCUGAAGUACGGGUGGAAAAGAAAAAGAAACCUGCUGUGAAAAAUGAAAACGCAAAAAAGUUAACUCCAUUAGAGAAACAGAUCUUAGAAUUUAAAGGAAAUCAUCACGAUAAGAUUUUGGCAAUACAAGUUGGGUAUAAAUACAAAUUCUUCGGUGAAGAUGCAAAGAUUGUGUCAAAAUUGAUCAAUAUCAUGUUGAUUCCCAAUGGUGAUGACAGAUUUGAUUAUUGUUCUAUACCUGAUAAUAGGUUACACGUCCAUUUAAAAAAGAUUUUAGACUAUGGCCACAUAGUGGGGGUCGUAAAACAGACCCAAUCGUCAUUCGAAGCUAAGGGAUUAUUUCAAAGAGAAUUGACGGGGAUUUAUAGCAAAGCUACAUAUAUGAAUGAAGAACUGAAUGGUGAAAUUGAAGGAAAUGGUGAUUAUAUACUGGCAUUAUAUCAUGAACAGCUGAAUUACCAUAUGGUAACAGUCAAGCCAAUAACAGGGGAAAUAAUUAUUGAUGACUUCAUAGAUAAUGAGUUGAAGCAAGAUCUUGAAACCAGGUUGAGUUACUUGAAUCCUUCACAAGUGUUAUUAGUGAAUUGCGAUUGCAAAGAGGGCCAUAGUUGUGGAUCUUUGAUGAAGCUUUAUUCCUGUAAUAUAAUCAAGGGUGACGAGGGCUCUUUAAAUGAGUUUUUACUGGACUACCCCAAUAUAGAAGAGUAUUACCGUCUAAAUUAUGAUGAUAAUACCAUCAAAUGCAUUACCUCAUUAAUGAAAUAUCUAAAACUAUUCAAGCUUGAAUUGAUUUUCACCAUUACUUCCAACAUAUCUAACUUCAAGGAUUCGAAUACUAUGAUAUUGUCACCUAAUUUAUUGAAAAAUUUGGAGAUUUUUGAAAAUUCUAGUGAUUUCACUUCAAAAGGUUCUUUGUUCUGGCUUUUGAAUCACACCAAUACGAAAUUCGGUGAAAGACUUUUGAUUAAAUGGAUUUUGAAUCCUCUUACCAAUAAAGUUCUCAUCGAAGAUAGAUUGAACGCUAUUGAAGAUUUGAGUAAAGAAUUCAAUCAUUUCUUCGAUUGUCUCAAAAAUAAAAUCAUUGGAAUUGAUUUGGAGAAGUUAUUGAUCAAAAUCUACUAUAACAAGAUAUCAACUGUUGAAGUACAAAAGUUCUUGUUCAAAUUCAAUGAAAUCAAAAAAAUUUUCAAGACUUUCGAACUGGAAGUUCAUAGUUUAUCAGAUAAGUAUAAGUCCAAGAGUUUGAUUCUGAUUUUCACCGCUAUCAAUGAAAUAUUUAAUGAUCUUGAUAUUGAGCAUUAUUACAAUAUGAUAUCAAAGAAUUACUACGAAGACGAUAAUGAAAUUACCAAAUUCUUCGAGUUGAAAUACCAUGAUUGGGAUGAGAUUUCUAAUAAACUCAAGGAUAUAGACAAUGUUCGUCAGGAAAUUGAAGAUGAAACAAAAGAAGUUGCUAAGGUGAUAGGAAAACCAAUAAAACUAGUCAAGAAUUUGAAUCAAGAUAACCUUGUCGAAGUUCGAAACAGUUUACUCCCUAAAGUACCUGUAGAUUGGAUGAGAAUCAAUUCUACUAAGACCUUAACAAGAUUCAGAUCUCCCAAACUUCAUAAAUUGAACAAUAGCUUGAACAGUGAACUAGAUAAAUUGAACUCUAUUUGCCAUCAAUGUUUUGGAAAGUUUUUGGGUCUAAUUAACAAGGAGUAUUUUAAAUUCAACCAAAUUAUCAAGAAAUUAUCCAUAUUUGACUGUUAUUUAUCACUAUCAGCAGUGUCUAACCAAUACCAAUACAGAAGACCUACAAUUUUAUCUGAAGAGCAGAAAAUUUCCAUAAAGAGUUUCAAAAAUCCCAUCAUCAGUUCAUUGACCAAUUUCAUCCCUAACGACAUUGACAUAUCUGUUGAACACAACAGAAUCUCCAUCAUUACUGGUCCAAACAUGGGUGGGAAAUCCAGUUAUAUAAAAUCGAUUGGUAUUUUAGUGAUUAUGGUUCAAAUAGGUUGCUAUCUUCCUUGUGAAUCAGCCGAAUUGAGUAUAUUCAAUAACGUGUUCAUCAGAAUGGGAUCCAUUGAUAACAUACUAAAAGGACAAUCCACUUUCAUGAUUGAAAUGUUGGAGAUGUUAAACAUUCUUAACAAUUUCGAUGAUAAGUCUUUAAUCUUAUUAGAUGAAGUGGGAAAAGGUACGGGAACUAUUGAUGGGUACGUGAUAGCAUAUAGUAUCUUGAAAUACUUUGCUCAACACGCUUUGAAACCUUUUAUCUUAUUCAUUACUCAUUUCCCACAAUUAGGUGAAUUAUGUGAUGAAUUUAGAGAUAUGGGGAGCUUCCAUAUGGAUUAUGUGGUUGAAAAUGAUGAAGUUAUUUUCUUAUACAAGCUAGUAGAGGGCAUUGUUGAUUCAUCUUACGGGUUAAAUGUUGCCAAAUUAUCUGGGAUUCCCAAAGGAAUUAUAGACAAGGCUAAAGACAUUUCUAGAGAGGUUAGGUUGAACAAUAAUUUGAAGAUGUUCUUACAUGAAAUUCAUGAAUUAAAGCAUAACGACUGA